AUGCGUGUCUGUCUCCUAUUUGCAGAGGAGGGCAUCAAUCACGAAUGCAAGCUGUGUAACCAGAUGUUUGAUUCACCUGCCAAGCUGCUUUGCCACCUGAUAGAGCACAGCUUUGAAGGCAUGGGAGGUACCUUCAAGUGUCCCGUCUGCUUCACAGUGUUUGUGCAGGCCAACAAGCUCCAGCAGCACAUUUUUGCCGUCCACGGCCAGGAAGACAAGAUCUACGACUGCUCCCAGUGUCCGCAGAAGUUCUUCUUCCAGACAGAACUACAGGUAGGUCACCUGAGUUCACCUUGUGUUGAUCUUGUCUGUCUGGCUGUAUCAGAGGGAGAGUAGUUAAUGGGACGUAGACACCG